CAAAUUAUGGUUAUCAUAAAAGAAAAUCAAAAGCGAACCAAAGGCCGCCAAAAGAUCGAAAUCAAACCCAUCGAAGGCAAGAGCAACCUUCAAGUCACCUUCUCCAAACGCCGGGCCGGACUUUUCAAGAAAGCAAGCGAGCUCAGCCUCCUCUGCGGCGCACAGGUGGCGGUUCUCGCUUUCUCUCCGGGCAAAAAGGUCUUCGCCUUCGGCCAUCCCAACGCCGACUCCGUUAUCGAUCGUUAUCUUAACGAGUUAGGUUUAAACGCUAACUCAGAGAGUAAUAAUUUAGCGACGGGGAGUAACCAGUUAGUAGUUGAGCAAUGGAAUAAAGAGUAUGAGGAUGCAGUGAAGGAGCUUGAAGAAGAGAAGAAGUGUUUAACAAUGGCGGAGGAGUGGAAUAGGGUUAGACAGAGUAGCGGCGACGGCGGGUUUUGGUGGGAUGAACCGGUUGAUGAUGAUCGUAUGGGUGUUGAUGAGCUUGAAGAGUAUGUUAAAGCUUUGAAGGAGUUGAAGAGAAAUGUUGGAAUUAGAGCUAAUGAGUUGGUGAUGAUGGGUAAUAAUAAUAAUAAUAAUGUUAAUUAUUUAGUUCAUAAUGAUAAUAAGAAUAAAAGUAAAAUUAAUUUGCAUUAUGGUGAUGUUGGGUGUGGUAGUUCUGAUUUAGGGUUUGGUUUGGGAGUUGGGAAUUUUAAUUGAAGUGGUUUGAUUAUAGUUUUCUGUGGUUUAUUUUG